AUGGUAGAUCUUCUGACUCCGACCCCGGCCUACUGUGACAUGGACGAUGGCGAAGGGUGGACCGUCUUCCAAAGAAGAGCCGACAUCACACCCAGGCAGGACUUCUUCCAGGACUGGGAGGCCUACAAGUGGGGUCUCGGAAGUUUAACAGGAGAGUUCUGGUGGGGACUUCAUCACCUCUGGCAGCUGACCUCCCAGCUAGACCGCGUUUACGAGCUAAGGGUGGAUCUCUGGGAUUUUGAAGAGCAGACGGCGUACGCCACCUACCGGAAGUUCGCCAUCGAAUCCGAGGAUGAGGGAUACAGAAUUGACUUUGGCGACUACUUCGGGACCGCCGGAGACAGUCUAACCUACCACAAAGGAAUGAAGUUCUCCACUAUUGACAGAGACAACGACAUUUGGCCGGCUACCGCCAUGCGCAUCGCGCACGCGCGAUUCGGGGAUUAUCAUUGGCGUCUUGCCACCGCGCCAGGGCACCGGAUUUAA